GCCGCUCGGCAAGCCCGAGCCGAGAUCAGCAGCACCUGUUGCCACGGAGGGUUUGACCCGCGGCGUGCGGAGGAGGCAGAGGCGCUUCCACGAGACUGGGCUGCGCGGUCGCCCGCGUGCUUCCACGAGCGCGAAGGGAAACGCAGAAAACUCCGCGGAGUCCUUUCUUGCGCCGCAGGUGGGGCAGCUGCCUCGCUCCCCCCGCCCCCGCACCGUGAUAUAAAGAGAAGAGAGGCUUCCGAACAGGCGCCUUUUCCUUCCCUCCAGAGAGAGCGCUCGCCCGCCCGCUCGCGCAACACUGCAAGGUACCGUAGCCCAAGCCGGGGAAGCGCCUGGUUUCCCUCGUGGCCAAAUUGCUUUGCGGCUCCCCACGGAUUAUUCUUCCUCCGCCGUUUCCCCCUCUGGAAGGCGCCCGGCUGGGAGCCCGCUCUGAUUGGCUGCCACUGACUGGCCCGGCGCAAAGCAGGCAGCGCGCUGCCUACCUAAGAAAGGCAGCUGGAGGGAAAGCGGGAGAAGCCGGCUGCCUCACAGAGAGAGAGGAGAGGAGGCAGCCCGUGAAGGAGCUUGAAGGUCUGCUCGGCGCGGGCUUUCCUGUCGCUUCAUCCCGGGACAGCAACUUCACUGAAGCGGCGGAGGGGCGCGCAAAGUGUUAGCAGGCAGCAGCCGCGGCGGCUGAGCGGCUUUGACUUCCCUCCGCGGCGCCGGAUAGUGAGUGAAAGACGCGGGACGGAGCGAAUGGUCGAGGCGGCGCGCUCCUUCCCCGCCGUGCGAGACGCCCGCCUCGCCUCUACUCGGAGGAGACGACGGCGCGAAGAGCCGCCGCGGAGCAGAUGCAGCCGGCCACGUGAGCAGCGGGGCAGCUGGACCAUGGUGGGGGCGUCCGGGCUGCGCUCUCUGCAAUGGACCACUUAUGGAUGCUGAACUCCCAGUUUUCCAUGCCUGUUGCCUGUGAUGGAUGUGAGCUCAACUGAGGGAUUUGGCGUGGCAGAGAAGAUUGCACUGCUCACCUUUAUUUCUGCUGUUAUUCUUAUGGCUAUCCUGGGAAAUCUUCUGGUGAUGGUGGCUGUAUGCAGAGACAGGCAACUCAGGAAAAUCAAGACCAAUUAUUUCAUAGUCUCACUUGCCUUUGCUGACUUGCUGGUGUCAGUUCUGGUGAUGCCAUUUGGAGCCAUUGAGCUGGUUCAAGAUAACUGGAUUUAUGGAAGAACGUUCUGUUUAGUCCGCACUUCUCUUGAUGUCCUCCUCACAACAGCAUCAAUUUUCCACCUCUGCUGUAUCUCAUUAGACAGGUACUAUGCUAUCUGCUGCCAGCCGCUGGUUUAUAGGAAUAAGAUGACACCACUGCGCAUUGCUGUAAUGCUGGGUGGCUGCUGGGUAAUCCCAAUGUUUAUUUCUUUUCUCCCUAUAAUGCAAGGAUGGAAUAGCAUUGGCAUCAUGGAUUUGGUAGAGAAAAAGCAAUUCAACAGUAUGUCCAACUCAACUUACUGCAUAUUUAUGGUCAACAAGCCCUAUGCUAUCACCUGCUCUGUGGUUGCCUUCUACAUUCCGUUUCUGCUAAUGGUGCUAGCCUACUACCGGAUAUACAUUACAGCCAGGGAGCAUGCUCAUCAGAUACAGAUUCUUCAGCGUGCAGGGGCCCCAACAGAUGGGAGGCCACACCACCCUGACCAGCACAGCACUCACCGUAUGAAGACUGAAACUAAAGCAGCCAAGACCCUCUGUAUAAUCAUGGGGUGUUUCUGCUUAUGCUGGGCACCAUUCUUCAUCACAAAUGUAAUAGACCCUUUCAUAGAUUACGCAGUUCCUGCAAAGAUAUGGACUGCUUUUUUGUGGCUGGGAUACAUCAAUUCAGGAUUGAAUCCCUUCCUUUAUGCAUUCUUGAACAAGUCUUUCAGACGUGCCUUCCUCAUCAUCCUGUGUUGUGGUGAUGAACGAUACCGAAGGCCUUCCAUCUUAGGGCAAACAGUCCCUUGUUCCACUACUACUAUAAACGGAUCUACACAUGUGCUAAGUGGCUGUUCCACUAUCUCCAAGUUCCUCCUGCUGUUCUGCAAUAGACCAGUUCCUGUCUAACCCUGAACAUAUUCUGUAUACAGUCUUGUACAAUGGGCAACCCCAGGAACAUGACAAGCUUCCGAUCCAUAAUGACCCAGAAUCCCAAGAGUCCUGCUUCUGACUAAGGUCCCAGAAUGUGAUCUGCCAUGCAGGACAGUUGCAAGAUGAUGGUGCACCAGGGACCUAUUGCCAGAUCAAUGUUGUCUGCAUUGCCAUAGUGCUCUCCUGUACUGAUUUGACAUCAGCAGCAACAGCAGGGAUGUGCUUACCAACCGGAAGGAUUAGGCAGUCUGCAGAGAGGAGGAAGGAGGUCCUUUUUUUGUUGCUGCGGAGUGAUGCCUGGAAAAGUCAUAGUGCUUUGCAUGUGAUGUGCAAACAGUAAGCAACAUGCUUGAUGGUUCUUGCAUUUGCUUCAACAGAUGUGUCCGUACACAUCUCUCUGUCUCUGUCUCUCUUUUGUAUUGCUAUGUGGCAACAAUAUGAAUCUUCUCCCAGAAUUUGACUUGAAGUGCUAAUAUCAAACCACACUUUUGCUUAACCAAAAAGAAACAAGGAACUGAUACUAUUUUUCUCAGCUGUUUUUAAUUGUGAGCAUUUACUCAAGAAAUGUACUCCCCCAGCUGUGCAAGAAGAAAAGUGGCAGUCACGCUCUGCAUGUUCCCCCACCCUAGUAUGUCUCCUGGCCAAAAUAAGUUGAGGAGCACGAAUAGCCCAAAAAGAACUACGUUGUGGCCUAGGGAUAUGGAACUGAUUGCGGUAUGAAGUGCUGCAGCUCCCACCAAACUGAUCUACUGUGCACAAUGUGAAGAUUAAACGAUGAACAGUCGCAGAUUCUAUCACUAAGAUGUCUCCAUCUGCCCCCUCACACGUUGUCAAUGAGAUCUUCAUCUGGACAAACUUUGGGCAGUGCUGCUACGAAGGAAGAAUGGUCCAGGAGGCAGAACCGUUAAGAAAGGAAUAACUCACCUGUAAUAGUUCACUAAGUGCCAUCUUGACGUGCGUGUACAUUCGACCACCCUUUAUAGCUGAAGAAUGUGUUUGGAAAACUGAUUGACUCAUUUACUUGCCCCAUUUUGCCAAAAGCUGGCUCUGUGGCUCAGGGACUGUGUGUGAUGGACCAGUAGCUACUUGUGUGUCUUAGGUUUUGUCAGUAUUUGCUGAUGACCCCAGGCAGUAACAGGAGCAGAGCCCUCAGUUAGGGAGUAGGCAGGCACCCAGGUGGGAAUCCAGGUACAUGAUGUAAGACAGGGAAGAAGACACUAGAGGCAGUUGCAGUGCCAACAGCUGCUGCUUACGUGAGAAGGGUGGGACAAGUAAAUAUGCCUUCUGGAAUGGCCAUCUUGGUAAGAGACGGGUUGUUCAGAAUGAUGAGGAAGUCCCAGGACUAAGGCUCUAUUGAGCUAGGCAAAGAUUCAUUGGCUCCCUAGGCUGGGACAGCUGCCUGAGUGCUGUUUCAGCUGGUGGGACCUGUAAUGCUGUUUAUGUGGUACCCACAACUCCUUCAGUGGAAAUGCUGCCUUGGUGGCAAGAUGUUGGAGCCUGCUGGAGGUCCUGGUUUGAGACCCCUAGCACCUUUGCAGGGCUUUUUUCUUUUCUUUUCUAAUGCUUUAUUGGAACUUCAGAUAUUUUCCCUGUGCAACUGUCCCUCAAAAGGAUGUCAGCCAUGCUUAUGUCAGCAGUUUCCUGCAUGCAGAUGUUACUGCCUUCCUUAUCAGUGGUAGCUCCGCUUUUCUUUGCAUGUUAUGUUUAUCAGCUUUGCUGUAGACCGAAGGACUCUGGGAGUUUGAUUUUCACAUCAUGAGAAAUGUGCAGAUCCAAGCAUGGAUCUGUAUUCUCCGUCAAUGAAGAUCUAACCUAAAGAUGACAACCUUGCUCUGGAGAACAGGUAUUUUGUUACAUUGUGUAAUUAUGUACAGAUAUUUUUUUUAAGUGUAUAGGAGAAAAACAUUAUUUAUUAUUAUUUUAAGGGAAUUUUUAUUUUCCCAUGGACGUCUUCUGAGUUUAGGAGCUAAAACAUUUUCAUUAGUGUUUUGUUUUUGUUUUUUUAUUUAAAAAACAGUUUUAUUUUUCUGUUGCCAUGUGACAGCUAUUCACUGUUUUAAAAGAAGAAGGAAAAGACAGCUUUUAUAACAAAACAAAUGCAAUUCAAAGGACAUUUCAUUGGUCUACUCUUGUUGAGAGGAUGAGUCUAUGGCUUUUUACCCUGGUGUUGCUCUGCAGACUCUUGUUGCUUGUGCAGCUGGCCCCAAACUAUGGGGACUUAGAGUGCUAUUUUACUGUGCCCAG